GGUUGCUCAGGUGAGCCACCGCAGCCUCAGAGAGGCAGAGAUCCUAGUCUUCUGCGCGCUGUCCCAGGCUAGUCACUACAGGGGUCGGGUCCGAGCCCCUGUCCCGGUGCAGUGCCCGCCUCCACUUUAGCUCCAGCCCCAGUUGCUGCCCCACGGGGGCCCUGAACAGGAGCCAAGAUGAGUUGCUUUACCUUCCUGAAGGUCACCAUGGUUAUCUUUAACCUCCUCAUCUUUCUGUGUGGUGCAGCCCUCCUGGGAGUGGGAAUAUGGGUGUCUGUGGACGGGCCCUCCUUCCUGAAGAUCUUCGGGCCCGUGUCGGCCAGUGCCAUGCAAUUUGUGAACGUGGGCUACUUCCUGAUUGCUGCGGGCUGUGCCUUGCUGGUGCUUGGCUUCCUGGGGUGCUAUGGAGCCCAGAAGGAGAGUAAAUGCUUGCUGUUAAUGUUUUUCUCCAUCCUCCUGAUAAUAUUUAUCGCUGAGAUCGCGGCGGCCGUGGUGGCCCUGGUCUACACCUCCAUGGCUGAGAACCUGCUCAACACCUUGGUUGUCCCUGUGCUCAAGAAGGACUAUGGAGAACAACCAGACAUCACUCAAGUGUGGAACAGCACCAUGGAAGGGCUCCACUGCUGUGGUUUCAACAACUACACAGACUUUCUGGACUCCCCGUUCUUCAAAAAGAACCACAACUUUCCCUCGUUCUGCUGCACCAAUGAGACAGAAGCCUCUUGUUCUGAAGAAGCGGCUGCUUCAGCCAAUGUCAAGGGCUGUUUUGGGCAGCUCUUGAAAAGCAUUCACACCAAUUCAGCUGUCGUGGGUGGCGUGGCUGCGGGCUUCGGGGCCCUAGAGCUAGCUGCCAUGGUGGUGUCCAUGUACCUCUACUGCAAACUGGACAAAGCCUGAUGCUGAGCA